CCGAGGAGUCUUUGAACGCAGCACAACUGUCGGGUGCACAUGAGUAUGACGUCAUUCGCUCGGACCGAGCCGUGACCUGCUGCUCUGGCUAUGCUAGGGGCUUGUGCCAACCAGAUGUUCCGCUGAAAAUACACAGCUUGACCCUCGUGAUCAUGGACUCCUGAAACCUUCAGCUUUCGGCGACUCUUAGGUCGCUUGCGUCCAGUGGCUUGUUUUUGAUCCGAGGUCAGUGAUCGGCCCACGUCCCGUCUGAACUCCCGGGCAGAGGGAGCGGGCAGAUGGGGAACAUUUGCUGUCGAGCCGAGAGUCCCUGUGGCAGCGCUGAGGAAAGAAGUGUGUUGCUGAAAGAUGACUCGAAGACCGCGAUGACCUUAGGCGAUACCACUGCGGUGGGCACUUGUGGUCCUGGAGGUGAUGAUGGCAUAAGCAAAACGCCGGAUGAGGAGGAUAAGAAGGUGGAGUUAAAGGUUGAGGCUGCAGAGAAAGAGCUCAAUAACACUCAGGAGAACGGACCCUUAAAGAAGGACGCCACACAAACAGCAACACCUUCUCCCAGGAAAGGAUCUGAAUGCAAAGAAAACUCCACCAGAGCACAAGAUGAAGAUAAGAAGGAAUGUCCUGCAGGUGAUGGGAAAUCUGAAAUCCAGCAAUGCACUUUAAACUGCCCUCAAGAGGAACAUGCCACGGCUGGUUGGGAGGUUUCUCCAGCCACAAAAGCACCACAAGAAGAAGAAGAAGAAGAAGAAGAAGAAAAUCCUGCAUCAGCGCAGGAUAAAGUCCCCGAUAGUAGAUCAAUAACAGCCGAAGCAGCCUGUCCUGAAAACACCACGGAAACAAACAAAACGGAUCACAUUAAAGUGGUCACGACUCCUGAAAAUGAGGAAGAAACAGGCUGUCCACCUGAGCCGCCAGGGGAGACUUCUCAAAACAAAGAAGUGUUAUCUGGGGCAAACACUCAGCUCACUGCUGCAGAUCUUCAGGUGACGUCCAUCUCUGCCGUCAGUCAGGUCGUUAACAAAGAGUCUCCAAGCCGUGCUGUGACAGGGGACUCGGAGAGCGUCUCAGUGUGCGGGGAGGACGAUCCUGAAGUCACAACAAGAAGCCACGAUGCCUCAGAAUCUCCUCCUCCUGGAGCCGAGACCACAGAACCCGACCACAGUGAACAAGACUCUGCAAACUCAGGCCGUGAGUCAGAGACCACAGCUCCAGCAGAAUCCAGCACAAGCUCAAAGUCUGAUCAAGAUGCGAGUCCAGAUCCUGACUCUGUAACUUCCAGCUCAAAGGAGGUCCCCACCGUGGAGAACAUGAAGCAGGAGGACGUGAUUCUGAAAGAACGGGACGAGGGUGGAGAUGGAGACGUUCCUGACGUGAAGGAGAAGGAAGAGAUGAAGAAAGAGGUUGAAACCCGGGCUGGGAAAGAUGCAGAGGGUCAGGAGGUCACUGGAGUGAAGGAGCAGCUGACAGGGAGCACAUCCACUGAUGUAAAGGCUGACGAGGUACCAGUGAAGGAAGAGUGUGAAGACGACCUGGGGAACAGUGAUGAAGACCUGUACAGAGGAGUCGAGGAGCUGCCAGCGUCUCAGAAAAACAAACCAGCUGAGUUAGAAACGACACUUUUAAAGGUCGAGGACAGAUGCAGUCUGGCACCGGCGGUGGACAUUCUGGGAUACAGUGAGCGAGAGUGGAAAGGAAACACUGCCAAAAGUACUCUGAUUAGGAAGGGUUAUAAGGAGAUGUCCCAGAGGUUUGGCAGCUUGAGGAGAGUGAGGGGGGACAACUACUGUGCCCUCAGAGCCACGCUGUUCCAGGUGCUCUCCCACAGCACGGAGCUGCCUGUGUGGCUGCAGGAGGGGGACAUCACUAUGCUGCCAAAACAACUGGAGGCACAGGAAGGUCUGAUAAGUCAGUGGACACUUCCUGGAGAGUGCCUGCAGGGAGACGGGACGGGAGACGCCAUCGCUCAGCUAAAAGAAUACAUAGAGCUUCUAAGAAUUAAGUGGCGGGCAGCAGUGGACUGCUCCUCCGCGUCGGAGCGGCAGCAGCUCUGCGAGCGAGUGUUUCAGGGAGGAGAAGAGGAGCUGGGGCUGCUGGAGGCGCUCAAGCUGCUGAUGCUGAGCCGAGCGGUGGAGCUGCACGGCCUCAUGCAGGCCGGAGGAGACGUCCCGCUCUUCUGCUGGCUGCUGUUUGCUCGAGACUCUUCCGACUGCCCGCGCUCCUUCCUCUCCAACCACCUCAGACACGUGGGCCUCAGCGCCGGCCUGGAACAGGUGGAGAUGUUCCUGCUGGGCUACGCCUUGCAGUGCACCAUCCAAGUUUACAGACUGUACAAGGCCGACACUGAGGAGUUUGUCACCUACUACCCGGACGACCACAAAGACGACUGGCCAUCAGUGUGCCUGGUCACCGAGGACGAUCGUCACUACAAUGUGCCGGUUGUAGAAGCGUCUGAACAUCACGAGGAGCUCGACUCGAGCUGAUGCCACAGCAGAGAGAUCUCCUGCCAUACACUAAAAAAAAAAAAACUCUCCUCAGGUCCUUCAAGAUUUACAACGACGAAUGGAGUGAUUCCACAUUUUGGGAAACUAGGCUUUUGUGUUUUAUUGGAGAAGAGACAUCGCUAAUGUCUGUGAACCUGCAGCUGGUUAUCAUAUCAUACAUAUCAUUGGCCUCUUUAAGGGAAGAAUGUGCGACAUUUAACACAUAAAUACAGCAGAAAUUAAGUAUAGUA